AUGGACGCGAUUUUCGCGCGGCUUUUCCCCGCUCCCAAGGGCCCGCACCCGCAGGGGAAUGGCGCUCCCGAUGGGCGCGGAAAGGAUGGGCGCAGCGGGGCGAAAGCGAGUAACGAGGGCGUUCUGCGCACUGGACUGCUGGCCGGUAAGGACCUCUCCGCCUCUCUGCUCACCGUCUCCCUCCCUCCCUCCCUCCCUCCCUCCCUCCCUCCCUCCCUCCCUCCCUCCCUCCCUCCCUCCUUCACUCCCCGCCUCCCUCGUUUUCCUCCCCCUUUCCCUCCUUCACUCCUCCCCUCCUCCCACUCUCUCUCCCCAGCGUCCGCCUUCGCAGCGGGCUCUGGCCUGCUGCUCGCCGCACACCACCGCACCUCACCACUCGCCCUCGCAGCCGACCCUACCGACACGCAGCAGCAGGUGCGUGCGGCCUCCACCAUGCUGCCACUUGGCAGCCUCGCAGUGGCCGUGGCUGACGUGGCAGCAGAAGCGCUGCCAACAGUGCGUGAGCCGGGCACAGGCGUGGAGUUCCCCGUGUUGCUGAGCGACGAUGCGGGGGAGGGGGAGAAGGUGGAGAAGGAGGUGAAGAAGGGGAAGAAAGGGGGGAAGGAGGGGAAGGCGGUGCCGUCGGAUCGCACGCUGGCGGGCGUUGGGGUGCGCAACAAGAACCUGCUGGGGCUGAAGAACAUCAAGGUGUAUGCGUAUGGCGUGUAUGUGGACGAGGCGGCCCUGAAAAAGCAGCUGAGCAGCAAGUACGGGGGGAUGAAGGGGGAGGCGCUCAAAGGCAGCCGGUGGCUCGUGGAGGACGCCAUCACCGCUGACGUCACCAUGGCCGUGCGCCUCGUCAUCUUCUACAGGCAUCUGAAGAUGGGGCAGGUGCGGGAGGCGUUCAACGAUUCCCUGGGGGGCCGCAUGAAGGAGCUCAGUGGGGGGGUGCCGCAGACCGACCUGCUGCACAGUUUCACCAAGUGGUUCACCAACGACAUCAAGCUGCAUCGGGGCACGGUCAUUGACAUAACUCGCCGCCCAGGCCAUGUGCUAGAGACAAAGAUUGAUGGCAAGUACAUGGGAUCCACUAAGAGCGCGCUUAUAUCCCGAGCGCUCUUUGAGCUCUAUGUGGGGGACAAGCCGUUUGACAAGAAGGCACGCGAGGGGCUGGUGGACAAACUCAUUUCCGUCGUGCACUCCUAG